AUGAGUCGAUCAAAGCAGGAUAAAGAUGAAGAAGACCAGCGCCAAUUUAUGCCCGAGCCCACUGAUAAAUUUCGCUCGCGGCACUCACCAACAUUACCUCAUAUCUCAAACAUUAUUAUCAGAGUUUCCAACCAAACUUCCCGACCAGAGAAUAAGAGCUUAAAUUGA